CUCACUGCGCACACUCAGGUCUGUUUAUUUGGUACUCAAACAGCUAGUAGGAAGCUCCGUUAAGGAAUUGACCAGAACAGGUGUAAUGGCCCGGUGAUGUGUCCCUGACCCGAGGAGUGACGAGACACCAAGGACUCUGUGUCAAGAGCAGUGCCCAGGUCAGAGAGACCUAGCCCAGCCAUGACAGAGUGCUUCCUGCCCCCCAGUUGCAGCCCAGCGGAGGUUCGUCGGGCGGAGCACCCAGGAGGGGUGGCUCGUACCCCCAGCUCGGAGGAGAUCAGCCCCACCAAGUUCCCCGGACUGUACAGGACGGGCGAGCCCUCGCCCCCCCACGACGGACACCACCACCAUGAGGUCAUCGACGCGGUGUCGGAUGAUGAUAAAGAACACGGGAAGAAGAAGAACAAGUUCAAGAAGAAGGAGAAGAGGACGGAGGGAUACGCAGCCUUCCAGGAGGACAGCUCGGCGGACGAGGCAGAGAGCCCCUCCAAGAUGAAGCGUUCAAAGGGUAUUCACGUGUUUAAGAAACCCAGCUUCUCCAAGAAGAAAGACUUCAAGGUGAAGGAGAAGUGUCCCAAGGAGGACAAGAAGGACAAGAAGUCUAAAGACCUGACGGCAGCUGACGUGGUGAAACAGUGGAAAGAGAAGAAGAAGAAGAAGAAGCCUACGGCAGAGCCGGAGUCCAUCCCCGUGGAGAUACCUACAUUCAGACCCAUCUUCGGAGCUCCCCUGGCUGAGGCAGUGAAGAGAACAGCCCUGUACGACGGGAUUCAGCUCCCCGCGGUCUUCAGAGAGUGUAUCGACUACAUCGAGAGCUACGGAAUGAGGUGUGAAGGGAUCUACCGUGUGUCAGGUAUGAAGUCUAAAGUGGACGAGCUGAAGGCAGCAUACGACCGCGAGGAGUGUCCGUGCUUGGAGGAGUAUGAUCCUCACACCGUAGCCAGCCUGUUGAAACAGUACCUCCGAGAACUGCCUGAGAACAUGCUGGGGCGAGACCUGGCUCAACGCUUUGAGGACGCCUGCAGUAGACCGGCUGAGGCUGAGAAGGUGACAGAGUUCCAGCGUCUCUUGACGGAGGUGCCCCCUGGCAGCCGUCUGCUCCUGUCCUGGCUGGUCACUCACAUGGAGCAUGUUAUCACAAGGGAGACCGACACCAAGAUGAAUAUCCAGAAUAUAUCCAUCGUACUCAACCCCACUGUACAGAUUGGUAACAGGGUCCUGUACAUGUUCUUCACCCACGUGAGAGAGCUGUUUGGGGAAGUGUUUCUGAGGCCCGUGUCCCGUCCCCUCCGCUGGUCCAAUGCUGCCACCAUGCCGGCCCUGCCAGAGACACAGGACAGCAUUAAGGAGGAGAUACGACGACAGGAGUUCCUGCUGAACUGCCUUCACAGAGACCUCCAGGCUGGGGUAAAGGAUCUGUCUAAAGAGGAGAGGCUCUGGGAGGUCCAGCGAAUCCUCACCGCUUUAAAACGCAAACUACGGGAGGCGAAGAGACAGGAGUGUGAGACUAAGAUAGCCCAGGAGAUAGCCAGUCUCUCUAAAGAAGACGUGUCUAAAGAAGAGAUGACCGAGAACGAAGAAGAGGUGGUCAACAUACUGCUGGCACAGGAGAAUGAGAUCCUAACAGAGCAGGAAGAGCUGAUAUCUCUGGAGCAGGUGUUGAGGAGACAGAUCGCUACAGAGAAGGAGGAGAUCGAGAGACUGAGGGCCGAGAUCGCUGACAUACAGAGUCGUCAACAUGGUCGCAGUGAGACAGAGGAGUACUCUUCAGACAGCGAGAGUGAGAGCGAAGACGAGGAGGAACUACAGAUGAUCCUGGAAGAGCUGCAGAAACAGAACGAAGAACUGGAGAACAAGAACACCCACUUCAACCAGGCCAUCCACGAGGAGCAGGAAGCCAUCUUGGAGCUGCGCGUUCAGCUCCGCCUCCUCCAGACCCACAAGCAGCAGGAGCUGACAGCCCCACCUCCAGCAGAACAGGCUCCGCCCAUACAGCCCAGCCCCGAGGCGAGGAGCGAGGAGCAGACCAAACGUUCCGUAGCUGCCGUGGUAGCCGCUGCAGCAGCAGAGCCAGCGGUGGCGGUCGAAGCUAAGAACGGGAAAGCUACCGCCGCCAAGGAUCCCCCUAAACCUUCCCCUAGUAAAGAUAGGAGGGAGACCAACCUGUGAGCUCCUCUCCACCUCUAUCCAUCCCUCUCCCUCUAUCCAUCCCUCUCUCCCUGGCCUCUACCCAUCUCUCCCUCUCUCCCUGGCCUCUAUCCAUCUCUCCCUCUCUCCCUGGCCUCUAUCCAUCUAUCCCUCUAUCCAUCCAUCCCUCUCCCUGGCCUCUAUCCACCUCUCUCCCUAGCCUCUAUCCAUCUAUCUCUCUAUCCAUCUCUCCCUCUCUCCCUGGCCUCUCUCCAUCCCUCUCCCUCUCUCCCUGGCCUCUAUCCAUCCCUCUCUCCCCGGGCUCUCUCCAUCCCUCUCUCCCUGGCCUCUAUUCAUACCUCUCCCUCUCUCCCUGGCCUCUCUCCAUCUCUCUCUCCCUGGCCUCUAUUCAUACCUCUCCCUCUCUCCCUGGCUUCUAUCCAUCCCUCUCUCCCUGGCCUCUAUUCAUCCUUCUCCCCCUCGCGUCCAUCCAUAUCUCUCCCCUUCUCCCUGGCCAGAGGAGGAAAGGAGAGGGAAGGGGAGAUAGAUGACAGCUUUGUAAUAUGGCCCAUGUUAAACCAACAACAUUAAAGAACAACUCCACUUAA